GGCGUCACGCGCGCGGUCGCCGCGACGUCCACCGCGGCGCUCAUCGUGAUGGAUUACAAGCUCACGCUCCGAGGGUUACCGAAGGACUCGAAGCAAUUCGUGGACGCGCGCGACGGCGUGCACGAGCGCGCGGCGGCGCGGCUUCUCACUCUGUGCGAGCGCAACGGAGGCUUAUACACGAAAGCCGGGCAGUUCAUAUCCACCGCGAGCGGAAUGCCGACGCCGUAUCAGAGACAGCUGUCGAAGCUGCAAGACAGCGCGCGGCCGCUGGACUGGGAGAGCGUGCGCGAAGUCGUCGCCGAGGAGCUCGGAAGAAGGGCCGUGGAAGACAUGACUCGCGAUGCUCGCGUCGACGACCAACCCAUCGCCGCGGCGUCUUUAGCGCAGGUCCACCGCGCGGUCACCGCGGCCGGGGACGAGGUCGCGGUGAAAGUCCAGCGCCCGGGACUGAGGAGGCAGUUCGACGUCGACCUCGCGACGAUGCGGUUCAUCACGAACGCGGUGAAGUUGGCGUUUCCCGCGUUUGAUUUUUCGUUUCUCGUCCCCGAGUUCCGCCACCGCCUCGCGCGCGAGCUGGACUUCGUGUGGGAAGGCCGGUCGUGCGAGCGCACCGGCAGGGCGCUCGCGGACGACCCUCGAAUGGUCACCCCGAAGGUGUACUGGUCGCUCACGACCCCGCGGGUGUUGACGAUGGAAUACGUCCGCGGCGUCAAGGUUGACGACGGUCCCGGGUUGAGAGCCGCGGGGAUCGACCCGACCGCCGCCGCGGAGGCGCUCGCGGACACGUUCGCGCGCAUGCUCGCGUGCCACGGGUUCGUGCACGGGGACCCGCACCCGGGGAACAUGAUCGUGAGGAGGCAGCCGAAGAAGCGGCUGAGAGGGGGCGGGAGGGGUGGCCUCGGAGGCGAGAUCGUUCUCCUGGACCACGGCCUGUACACUGAGCUCGACGAGUCUGAGCGCGUGCGGAUGUGUCGUCUGUGGCACGCGGUCGCGAUGCGAAACCCUGGCAACGUGCGCGCGGCGUCCGAGGCCAUGGGCGUCCCGCGUUCGCUGCAGUGGGUGUUGCCGCAGUUGAUGGCGAGGCAGACGAGCCAGGUUUUGGGAAACACGCCGCGGGCGGUCGCGACCGCGGCGGCAACCGCGCGCGUGGACGGGCUCAUACGCGGCGGACGACCGCCGAUGACGAUGGAUCAGAUCUCCGAGUUCGGCAGAGCGUUACCGCGGGAGAUGAUGGUCGUCAUGCGCGCCAACGCGUUGAUUCGAAACAUCGUCCGGAAGCUCGCCGUCGACGUCGCCGCGCACGAGGGCCGCGCGGGACGCGACGGCGACGGCCGCGGCAUCCUCGGUCUGUCCCUGGGCGGGUUCGUCGGCGGCGACGUCGGGCGCAGGAUGGAGCGCCGGCGGCAGUGGGCGAUGGCGAAGUACUCAUGCCUCGGGUUGAUCCUGCCGGACGCGCUGAGAGACGGCGGGGAGAAGGGCGGCGGUCUCGCGGGGGUGACGUGGCGGCAGCGCGCGCGGUGGCGCGCGCGGACCGCGAAAGUGUGGGCGCGGAUGUGGACGUUUCGGAGCAUGCAGUACGGCGUCAUGCUCGCGAUACGCACGCUCCCGCCGGGGUUGUCCGAACCCGUGGUGCGGCGGUUCACGGAGACCUUGGACAGGGCGCGAGGGGGGUUGCCCGCGGCGUAGGGAGGAGCCCGGCGCGGGCGGGCGGAUUUUGUACUUGGAACUUUGUUCGUC